AUGCACCCGGGGGCCCUGGGGCUGUCCGCCCCGCUGCUGGCGGCCGAGCAGAGCGCGCGCCUCUACUCCACGGUCUACGACUUCACCCCAGGACAGCUCCUCUGGGGGUGGCUGGCCCUUUCUGUGCUACUACCUGGCUUCCUGGUCCAGGGCCUGAGCGAUCUGUGGUUCUGGGCAGAUGGACACCAAGGUCAUUGUUUGCUGGCCGUACUAAUUCCGCUCCUUCAGCUUGGCCUGUGGAAGCGGCAUUGGAAUGCUGCGUCCACUGCUCUAUCGAAAGAGUGGGAAGCCUCCUGCCGAGACCAGGUGCUGCUGCAGGAGGCUGACCUGUCUGCCCUCCGCCUUCUGGAAGCUCUGAUGCAGCCGGGGCCCCACCUGCUGCUCCAGACGCAUGUUUUCCUCGCCUUGGACUUCACAGAUACUGUGCCAGGUGUGAGCACGCUGUGCUCCUGGUCCGCGCUGGCCUGGGCCCUGGUGUGCCAUGCCCAAUGCGUGGGCUUCAUGACUGGUCAGCUCCUCACACCAUGGGCCACCCUCUUCUACCAGCAGCCCUGGAGGAUGGGCAUGUUGGGGGUCCGUGUCCCGAGCCUGGCUCUCUUCUUCAGAGCUUACCACAUCUGGGUUUUGGUUUCUGGAGGUGCCCACGGGCUGGUGAUGACCUUCUGGCUGGUGGCACAGAGGAGUGACAUCGUGGACAGCAUCUGCCACUGGAAGCUGUUCGACCUGCUCGUGGGGGCCGGGUACAUCCUCUGCUACCUCAACUUCUGGGACAGCCCUUCCUGACAUCGGAUGGCCAUGUGUUACAUGGCAAGCAGUGUCUCGCUAACUCAUCACAGACCACUACACCCUGGACCCACAGGCAUCUGGCAGGGCUGUGUCCGUGCAGGAGUCGUGUGGCAUCCAGGGGCUGAUAAAGCAGAGACAGAAACUUCUCGGGCCCCGGCUCCAGCUGGGGAGAGGCCAGGGAGCCCGGGCACACGCCAGGAGAAAAGUCACGAGUUCGCCGGUCUGGGGAAGGCCCCCGGCCCACCUUGGGGACCCCCAGAGGCUGGGCUGGAAAGCCAGACUGCUCUGGAGGAUUGUUUCCUCAGUCAUCAUCACUGGCUGUUGCUGAAACUUGCCCUAGAAACAGGAAAUGGGUCUAAGAUCAGUGCAGCCUUUGGAGAAGACAGUCCUGGCUGCUUUCGUCCCCCUUCGUGGGGGCUGAACCAGCACUACACCCAGCAGAGGACACCCCUGUUUCCCCAGCAAGAGCCCCCACUGUCACCUCAGGACCCCCUGUCCUCAGAGAAAGGCUCUGAGUUUCAAGGUGUCCUGAACUCAGAAGCGGACCUGUUGGAAACCCCCAGUGUGGUCCCUUUUGCCAGUGACAGCCAUGACCCAGCUCCUGCCCAGAAGCAGUCAGCCUCAUGGAGGGAGCACAGCCCGAAGGAAGGAGGAGGUGCGGGUGGGCGGAGAGGAGGGGAAGGGCAGGAGAGCUCCAUGCUGUACUUCGGUGCCACGGCCGAGGGGACCCCAGCCUCACCUCAGGAAGGCAAGGCGACUCCGCAGACAUCCCACUCUGGGAGGAGGGCAGAGUCCUCCCCUCAGCCGGCCACGCGGCCCCUCCCUGCCACCAUAGCCAACAUCAGCCCGAUCCUAGGCCUUAGUAUUUUGCUAAAUACACAGCCCUCCUUCCCGCAGGUCAGCCGGCCAGCGACUUGGAGUCAGGUGGCUCCUCUCCACCGCUGA